CUUCAAUGACUGCACGACAGUAACACUGCGUAGAAUAGUUUUAAACAUCUUUUUAAGCACUGAUAAGAUAGUUUAAUAAUAUUUUAUUCAUAAAUUCCUCUAGAGCACAGAAAAUAUAGUCAAGAAGUAUGUGAACAGUUAAGCCUUGCUAUAUUGGACACUUGCUUCUUCCCCUUUUGCACUUUUUUUUUGGAGAAUUUUUUUUAUUGUCUGUGAAAAUUGAUGAAAAUUCCUUAAAAGAAACAAUGGAUUUUCAUGCUGGACAAAUAAUCACUGAAAAGCUGUAUAGAAUCUUGCAAAUAUUCCUUAGUAACAAGUGUCAGGCAUCAAUAGAGCUAGUUAAUCUCAUUUCAUCGGAAAAUUUAAGCUUAAAUUAUUUACAGGUAUUGGCAUCAAAAAUUGCAAUUGACGCGUCAGCUAGACUAAUACAUCGUGAAAGUGGUAAAAUUAUCCUCCCAUAUGAGCAUUGGGCAAAUGCAAUUUUCCUUAAACAUUGUUCCGGCAUUGGAGGACUUCAUCUGAAUUUAGACAGCACUAUUAAGGCAGUUUUUGAAAGUUAUAGCUGUGGAAAGGAUGCUUUUGGAUUUGAUAGAGAUUUUAUUCUCGAAGUAUUAAGCUCAUGCCCUUCAAAUACAUGUCGAUUUUCACCAUUUAAAGCUCAACAGCAAUUCGAACAGCCUCAACAAACACAUCAAAAUUUUGCUCCACCUCAACCUAAUAUGAAUAUGGAUUAUGGUCCAAAUCGAUCACCAGCUAUGAUGCAAAUGCAGCCACCUAUUGAUCCGUCAAAAAUGAGUCGACCUUUAACAAAUCAGCAAAUUACUCAACAGAUCAUACAGCAACAGCAAAGUCGUAUGAAUCAAUCGAUGGAAAGUUUAGAGAAACAACGAGUUAUGCAGCAAUUAGAUAAAAAGCAUUAUGAGACAGUGGCUGCAAUUGUUCAGGCAAACAAUAAUUUGGGGCUUCCAAAUCAAAUGAAUCAAAUUAAUACACCCAAUGUCUCUAUUUUGCCUCCUGUGCACAAUAUUAAUCAUCAAAAGUCUGUGGAUUUUUCCAGACGACCAAGUUAUGAUGGAAUCGAAACAUAUUCAGCUGGCAGUUAUUCAACAUCAAAUCGAGAAUUAUUGCAAAAUAAUUGGAUAUCGCCAAGCAUUCAGCCAGUAAGUUUGGAUAAUCGUGACGGAAUGAUUGCGGGCCAAGAGAAAAUUGUUCGAGCAUUUGCAGAACUAAUGAAAAAUAUGGCAAGAAUGAAAGCAUUUAUUCGUCCAUCUAUGGUUAAACCUUAUGGGAAGCAAAGUGAGUCGUUGCAAAAAACAUUGAUUGAUAGCAUUCAAUUAGUUCAAACAUUGCGUAAUUUUCUACCGAAACCUCACAUAAGUAUAAGCAACUGGAAGAAUGUCGAUCAGACUGAAACUAUAACAAUUCAUAUCGCAGUCUAAUUCAGCACACAGAAAACUCUCACUGUUAAUACUCAAAAUAUGGAUUAUCUACAUAAGUAUUAUCAUCGAAUCUUUAUUAAAACUAUGAAAUUAAAAAGGAUAUCAAAAAUAAAAAAUAAAGGAAAAACUUUUUUUUCUUCCUUAAACGUGUCAAUCAUGAUUAAGUCACUUAAUUUAAUGCGUUUUCCAAUUUUCCUAAAAAAAAAUAGCUUCCUACUUAAGAGUUUUUAAAGAUUUUUAAAAUCUUAUUCAGUUUUUUUUGGUAAUCUUGUUCAUAACAAGUGUUGAGAAUGGAACUUUACAUUAUGGAGUAUAUGGUGCAACGACGGGUAUUCUAAUCUUAUAGACAUCCUUUGGCAGCAUUGAUAAUAAUAAAAAAUGCGUAACCAAUGCCGUCAUUCCCCAAAAUUUCUUCUUGCCACCAGUAUAAACAGGAAGUACAUAUUGUUGACCUUUUGGCGUUCGAAAUUGUGUAUGAUGAAAGAAAUUUGGAUCUAUUAAUCUCUCUAGUGGAAUCGGGAUGAUUUCAUCUACUUCCUCUGGAUUCUUUUCGACCAUUGACAAGUCAAAAUUUCUUAUUUCUGCGAUUACUGGAACUAUCGAAAUACCAAAAGUAGGAGUAAUUUGACUACCUGUUCCCCAUACUUUUAUAAAUUCUGGCUUUAAUCCUAUUUCCUCUCGAGUUUCACGUAAAGCACAUUCUAUCUCGUGACCAUCGUCAUCCUGCAUAUGACCACCUUAAAAUACAUUAAAUU